UAUUUAUUUACGUUAUUUCCCGCCGUUAUUUCCCGCCGUUGUUCAGCUUUCACGGUGACGAACUAGCUAGCAGCGUUAGCAUCAUGGCUGUAUAAAGACGACUGGAAACAGCGUUGGAGGCGGAUCUCAGUUCAUUCCUAUGGUAGUUGCUCAGUGGCGCAUUGAAGCACAAAAUGAAGCGACUGUAGCUGUAGAAAGAACCAGGAUCAUCCGGGGCCUUUUGCCCACUGAGCAUGCGCAGUUGAGGUUUCCCCUUAAGCCCUGCAUCCGAUCUCCCGCGCUGGGCUAAGUGACAUUAAUAGAGAAAUAGAUAGAUACUCAAUGUAUCCCCAGUUAGGAUAUUAUUGUGACAAUCAAUCUGCAGGAAUUGCAAAGUGUAUUUGUCAAUGGGGGGGGAAAGUCUUUUUGAGCCAAAAUGACGUCACGGGAGUUGUAGUAAAACCGUUUGGCCACUACAGCCAUUCACAAAAUUGGCUUCAACGGCUGUCGCAUUCCUUGGUUAGCAUCGAUACUACCGCACGUAGUGGUAGCUAGCUCCGUUGCUAGCUAUGUGUAACGGUCGCUGUUUCCAUGGUGUUCGUAGCUUCGAUAGCCUCUUGCUGCUAAUCAGUCAUUCUGUUCCUGCUUUUGGUGUGAAUGCAAUGAACAAUGACCAUAGUUGACAGAUCUUCAGAACAUUCUGACCACGAGUCAGUGGGGUGUAAGCGAUCUCCCUUUACCAGUGGAGACACGGGGAUGGAUGGCAGCUGUUCCAGCAGCUGGGCGAUGGGUCCCACCAUGUCGAGCGACUCUCCCAGGAUGAAGGCUGCAGGAGGCUGCCUGGGCCCCACGCCGGGAGCCGCCGUCUACAACAGCACCGCCUCCUCUGGGGACCGGCCCAAGGAGCAAGUGAUAAGCAGUGGAGAUGGCAUCGACACGCCCCAGAAGGUCCUCUUCCCUCCAGAGCGGCUCAACCUAAAGUGGACUCAGGUUCAGCGCAUUGGUGCCGGUCUGCAGAACAUGGGGAACACCUGCUUCCUCAACUCAGCGCUGCAGUGUCUCACCUACACCCCGCCGUUCGCCAACUACUUGCUGACUCGGGAGCACUCUAAAACAUGUCACGAGCCGGGGUUCUGUAUGAUGUGCACCAUGCAAAACCACAUCAUUCAAGUCUUUGCCAACUCUGGGAAUGUCAUUAAGCCCAUCGGUGUGCUCAAUGAACUCAAAAGGAUUGCUAAGCACUUCCGCUAUGGCAGCCAGGAGGAUGCGCACGAGUUCCUGCGGUACACAGUGGAUGCUAUGCAAAAGUCCUGCUUACCUGGACCCAAAUUGGACAGGCAAACGCAGGCAACCACUUUCAUCCAUCAAGUGUUUGGCGGGUACCUGAGGUCCAGAGUUAAAUGUUUAAACUGCAAAGCGGUAUCCGAUACAUUUGACCCGUUUUUGGAUAUAACUCUGGAAAUAAAGACGGCUCCCAGUGUCUCAAAGGCUCUGGAGCAGUUUGUAAAGCCAGAACAGCUGGACGGAGAAAACGCCUACAAAUGCACAAAGUGCAAAAAAAUGGUCACGGCCUCAAAGAGAUUUACCAUCCACCGCAGCUCCAACGUGCUCACGCUGUCGCUCAAACGCUUUGCAAACUUCAGUGGAGGCAAACUCACAAAGGAUGUGAAAUAUCCGGAGUAUCUGGACCUGCAGCCCUUCAUGUCUCAGUCUCAAGGAGAUCCGCAGCUCUACGCUCUGUUCGCUGUGCUGGUCCACUCUGGGUUCAGCUGUCAUGCCGGACACUACUUCUGCUAUGUUAAGGCGAGCAACGGGCAGUGGUAUCAGAUGAACGACUCCUCUGUGUCUGUCAGCGACAUCCGCUCUGUUCUCAACCAGCAGGCCUACGUCCUUUUCUACUCUAAGUCCAGUGAGGUGAAGAAAGCAGGGGACUUCAGCCACAUGAGCCACAGCGCAGGUCAGUCGUCUCCGCGGCCGGUGGUGAUCCCACGCAUCAACUCCGGCAUUCACCACAACAACAACAACAACAUCGGCUUCAUUGGUCCCCAGCUGCCACCACACAUGACCAAGCGCGCUCUUCACGUCAACGGGAACGGAUCUCUGAGGGACUUUCACACCAACUCCAAGCCCAGCACCAGCAGCAGUGUUGGGGGGAAAUCUAUCCAUGGACUGGCCUCUUCCUCCUCCUCCUCCUCCUCCUGUUCUUCCAUCUCCCACUCUAUCAGCCGGCCCACCAUGAUCCCAGACCAGGACAAGCGGCAGAAGCUUUCUUUCUUCAUCGGACAAGGCAAAACCAACCGCCCGUCCUCCUCCUCCUCCUCCUCUUCCUCCUCUUACAGCCAGCCUUCCUCGGCCAGCUGCUCCUCCUCCUCUUCCUCCUCCAGCUCUCUCUCGUCCUCGCAGUCUACCUCAGACGUUCGAUUUGUUCCGCGUCAGCUAAACCACGUUAACGGCACGUCUCGUAGUAACGGCGGUCACCACGCGGGAGGAAACGGAGCGUCGUUCUUGGUGCCGUACGGCCAGGAGUCCUCGGAGGAAUCGGACCAGGAGAACUCUGGCUCUCUGGAUAACGGCGGAUUAGCAAAGUCUCUCCUCAACGGAAACAAGAGAGCGGGAGAGACUUCCUCUCAAGCCACAAACGGAGACUCGGGAGCGCAUCACAGCGGGUUAAACGGACCCACCAAUGGCGUCUCUAAAUCCAGUCAAAAUGGCCACCAUAACGGACACCACAAAAUGAAUGGACACAACACCCCUAAUAAGCUCUCUGGCAUUAAUCAUGACACUUCAUCCUCUGUGGCUACGGUUGUUUCUAAUGGACACGACAGUGAUCACAGUCAAGCAAGCCAAGAGGCCCAUAUUGCUGCUUCCUCCCUGGCCAGUUCCUCUCAGAGCCCCCAUCCCGCUGCCAGUGAAACCCAGAGCGUCCCCCCUCCUGACAUAAGGGCUACAACUGUGUCUGAACCCCUGCCUCCGCAAGCACCAUCCUCCUCUCCACCUUCAGCUACUCCAACAAACACUCACCCCGUCACGUCCAGAGAACCUGCUUCUUCCUCUUCUCCUGCCCCGCCGCACAGCAUCCCUGCAGCCUUACCCCCCCCGACAGACGACUCCCAAAACACCAACGAGACGUCUGCAGCUCCACAGAGGAUUAGCCGAGGUGAAGAGGAGGCAAAGGAUCUACCGAGGACUCGUGAUCCGUCAGCAGGGACUGAAGGACGCACCGACUCUAAGGAGCAACCCCAGUCCAAGCCCAGUUCUAGAGGAGGGGAAAGGCAAACAUCCCGGGACAGAGAGAGAGACUGGAGCAGAGACAAGGACAGACACUACAGGGACAGGAGCCCGGUGCGCGAGAGAGACGGAGACAGACAUCGGUACAGACGAGAUUCUCGGGAUCGUUCUCGGGAUCGCCACCAACACCGCUCGUACAAGGACCGCUUGGUUCCGUACAACCGGUCCUACAGGGACCGGGACCCUGAUCGUCGCAGGGACCGGCCUUUCCUCACACCCAGGGAGCGGGAGCGGAACAAUUACAACUCCAGAGAUGAUUGGGGUCACGAGCGGAAGGGAUACGGUCACUCGUACCGAGAGGAUAGGAGUCGGCAGCCGGAGAGCAGAGAGUCCCGGCCGAUGAAGGAGAGGAGCACCGGCAGGGAGAGGGAUUAUUAUACGUCGAGAGGGGAGGCUUCCUCGCCAAACACAGAGACAGAAACCUCAAAGGGUUCCCCCCCUCGGGAGCGUCCAAACGCAAAUGAGUCGCCUCCGAACAAGGAGGAUCACAAGAGGAACGCCGAUCCUCCGAGCAAGGAGAGGGAGGACAGCUCUGAGACUCGGUGCUCGAAAAAACACAAAAAGAAGAAGUCAAAGGAUAAAGAGAGACACCGAGAGAGCGGGAGCUCCGAAGCGGAUUCAGACCGAGCCGCUGACCCCAAAAAGAAGAAGAAGAAGCGGAGGAGGCGCAGCGAGUCGGAGCAGCCGGGACCGUCGAGGGUCCGCGGGAACAAGAGCAGCGAGGAGAGGGAGAGCAGCAAGAGACGAUACUACGACAGCAAGGACGCUAAACAACACAACGGUUACUCUCCUGAAAAACGGCGGCGCACAGAUCACAGCAGCGGCAGCAGCGAGCAGCUCCCCCCCUCAAACCCCACCUCCCCAACAGACGCUUCAAAUCAACAUCUCAACGGAUACAAAGGAAAUGGUUACAGCCACACGAACGGCGACUCCCACGGAUCCUCCAGUGGCUGGAAACACUGACUCCACAUCACCAUUUCAACAACAGCAAAGGAAUGACAUCUUUUCUUGACGUGGUGCUUCUUCGUUGGGAAUAUAUUGUAUUUUUACCGCGAGAAAAGUGUUUUAAAAAUGUUUUGUUUUUUCAAAGGCCUCGAUUUAUAUGCCGUAAUUCUCCUAACUAUGAUUUAAAAAAGACACUCAAUGGACAUUUAUGAUAAAAUAUUAAUAUAUAUAUACUUGUAUGAACACAAACAAAGCCUGGAGCUUGAACAUCUCAGCUGCUGCUCAGUGGAACUCAGGACAUGGAAACUCGUGGAUAUCCACCUGCGUCACAUUCAGACAAAAUAAAGGGAAAAGGAGAACUGUAAGGCAUCGGCUGCAGGUUUUAGACGUCACCGUAUCUCCGGAGCCACAAUGCUUUGGAGUUUAUUCUUUGAUCCCACUGGGUGCGGAAAGGAGGGAGAAACUCGUGAAUGAAACCCUGGACAGACUUGAGGACAUUUCCCAGCUUGUUUUUGCUCUGAAGCCUAAGAUUCACGCCGUCAUUUUUAAACUUUCCACACACGGAGGUAUGGCACGCCUCCCUCUUCUCUCCUGUCACGUUGCUUUUGGAUUCUUUUGAAAAGGAAACCAUCUAAUCUUUGUUAAUCAUGCCUGUGGACCAUUUGUGUUUGAUUUUUAAUGAAAAAUACAGUUUUGUGUCUUCUAGCGUCAUCAAAAAUACUGUGAAUUUAAUUUUGAACUGUACUAUCAGUUAUUUUUAUAUGUAAAGAUCCUGUAUCAGGGUUACCUGUAGAUGUUGAUUUGUUUUUAGAAAAACUCCUGUUAAUAUCGACCAUUUUCUCUGUUCAAAAGUUGGGAAUGUUUUUGUUUUAUGUUGAUUUUUUUCAACUUUAGACAGAAGUUGAAAAUUGCUACUACCUUUUAUGUUUAGCAUGUCGAAUUUAUACAUUGUAUAAGGUAAAAGCCUUAAAUACAUUUGUUAAUGUCAGAAAUUGUAAUCUCUUCUUGGUCUUUUGACUCGUUUACAAGCUGUAUUGAAAUGAAUGGGAAACUGAUUGACAGUUGCCGGGUAAAAAGUCUGCCUUUGUAUUAUAUACUAGGAUUAGAUUGUAUCCAAAGUUCCUUCAUUAUAAUAUGUAAAUACAUUAAGUGUGGAUGAUAGCACUCUCCUGUAAUCACAACAAGUUAAAUACACAUUUCCAGCUCAAA